AACAUGGACGCUUCUACCCUUUCUAGGUGAAGGAGCUGGUGCUGGACAACUGCCGUUCCGACGAUGGCAAGAUCAGCGGGCUCUCCCCUGACUUUGAAAACCUGGAAUUCCUCAGCAUGAUCAACGUCAACCUUCUGUCCGUCUCCAACCUCCCCAAGCUUAACAAACUCCGGAAGCUGGAGCUGAGCGACAAUCAUAUUUCUGGUGGCCUGGAAGUCCUUGCAGAGAAAACGCCUAAUUUGACGCACUUGAACCUCAGUGGGAAUAAAAUCAAAGAGAUCAACACGUUGGAUCCUCUGAAGAAGCUGCCGCACCUGAGGAACCUCGACCUGUUCAACUGCGAGGUGACGAUGCUGAUCAACUACCGGGAGAGCAUCUUUGCCCUCCUUCCCCAGCUGAUCUAUCUCGAUGGGUUCGACACCAACGACAAAGAGGCCCCUGAUUCGGACCCGGAAGCCGACGGGCUGGACGAUGAAUGUGAUGAGAAUGGGGACGAAGAUGAGGAAGAGGAUGAUGAGGAAGAUGAAGAAUUAGAUGACGACGCUGUAGAUGAUGAAGACGAAGAUGACUUGGAUGGCGAAGAAGAGGAGAAUGGGGGCGAUGAUGAGGAUGAAGAUGAUGAGGAUGAUGGAGACGAUGAUGAGGAUGACGAAGAAGAAACUGAGGUCCAGCGGGGCGAGAAGCGGAAACGGGAAUUUGAGGAAGAGCCCUAUGAAGAAGAGGAUGAAGACAACGACGACUGAGACCUCCUCCUUCCUCCUGCUCCUCUUCCUCCUCGGCAGGCCAAUCCGUUUUUUUGCGGACUGUGACUUUCCUGGCCUCACCGUCCCCCUGUGUGAGACUGUGACGAAUCCCCCCUCUGCCUCCCGGCCACCCGCUCUUUUGUACGGCUGCAACACCCACAGUAUAUAUUUUUUUAAGAUGUAGAAAACGAUAGGUGUUUCAGGAGAAGUUGGAUUUUUGUUAGCUUCCCCCCCGCCCCCUCCCUCGAUGCUCCUGCAGUGCACCCCUUCCUCCUUUUUCCACCAGUCCCUGAUAUGGGGUAUUUGGCGACCAAAGGCUUACUAAUUCGAGGGCAGGUUUGGUGAGCCUGCAGUGAUUUGUGUUUCUCUCUUCCCCCCUGCCCCCACUUUGGCCCCCCUCCGUGACUGCCCUGGGGUCUGAUCCAGGACGCAUUUGGACACGGCUACUCCUGGUUUCGGCAGAAAAGCAGCCCCGCGGCCCCCAAGCCGGCCACGGGCACCCUGCUCUGCCAGGAGGGCUGAAGAUGCAACUUUCUGGAGGGCACGUGGCGCAGAUGUGGCCAUCGGAUGGAUCCCAGAUGCUGGGCCCUCCCUGCAGCACCGUGUCUGCGGCGAUGCUGAUCAGGAUGUUAGGACUGGAUUGUCGGUUGUUUGCUGUAAUUUUUAUUUUGCUUGCCUGCUUUUCUUCCCUGGUUUAUUCCUUACUGGUCUGUGGCCCUCAGGAGCCAGGAUGACUCUUGCUGUUCCCCUUAGAGUUCAGCUGGCCCCAAAUGGGCGUGCUCCAGAUGUGUGGGGCAGCAGUUCCCAUCGCAAGCCACACAGCAGGGAGAGUUUGGCACCCGUGGGGGAAGCCCUGCUAGAGUCAGGAUAGCAAAAGCAAAAUGGGGAGGUUGUGUCCCCCCCCAAAGAACUGCAGUUAAAAAAGUGAGAUUUCUGCAGUUGCGAGCCCUAUUUUGUCUUUCUUUUUUUGUACAGUUCCGUACAAACCUGGCUGGGGAACGCUUUGCGCAAACAACAGAAAUCUCACAGCUCAAAGUUCGGAGCUGUGGUUGGCGUUUCCUCUCCUUCCCUGCUCCUGGCCGAUGGUGGUUUGAGAUUUACGUCUUAGCCCUAGUUUACAAAGUCAGCCCAGAUUUGGUCAAAACUAGUCCCAUACAUAAAUAUCUUCCCCUCGGAAUUUUUGGUCCUCUUUUAUAUAUCUCCUUUUUGUUAAGAAAUUUGAAUAAGACUUUUAAUAAAAGACUUUGGUUUUUAAGAAGUAA